AUGGACUUUUCAUAUUUCACAUCGGCGCCACAGCCCUAUCAGUUCUUCGGCGUGCCGCAGACGCCCUCUGCAACCCAGACUGGUCACCUAGACGAGUUUAGAACCGCACCUUCGACAGACCAAUACGAUGCUGCCUUCGCGGCGUUUCAACAGAGCUUCCACUAUGACCCGGCCACAUUCCUAGCCCAACCACAUCAAGCCUCUACCCAAUCCCCACCGAUCCACGGUCAGCAUCAGGACUCGAUGAUCUCGAUGUCAGACAUGGACAUGACCACCCUGCCUGCGCCGGCGGCCGAAGCAACGCCUGAUGAAGCGGGGUUAGCACGAAGCAGCAGUGAAGAGAAGGACCUUUUGACACCCCAGCAAAGUCGAAGAAAGGCACAAAACAGAGCUGCUCAACGAGCGUUUCGCGAGCGCAAAGAAAAGCAUGUCAAAGAUCUCGAAGCCAAACUCACCAGCCUGCAGCAUCAAUCACUGAGCUUGAACGGCGAGAACGAACGGCUACGGCGCGAGUUAGCCAAGAUUGCAACAGAGAAUGAGAUCCUUCGAGCCACAUCUGGCGCGGCAUCAAAUGGUCCGACCCCGUUUAUGGAGGAACCCGAUGAGUUGGUGGGGCCCCUGGGUUAUAUCCCCACAGAUCGACAUUCCAAAGACCGUUCCCCAGCCAGCAGCUCAGGAUCUAGCUUCGGCCUCAGUUCGAAAUACGCUCACUUUGGGACUCUAAGAACCAUCAGCGUAGACAACGACACUGGGGAACCUCUGCUGGGAGCGGGCGCCACCUGGGAUUACAUUCAAGCGCACGAACUCUUUCGCAAGGGGCUAGUGGACGUUGGCGAUGUCUGUGAGCGAUUGAAGAAGAUGGCAAGAUGCGAUGGUCAAGGGCCAAUCUUCCUUGAGAGUGACGUCCGACAAGCCAUUUCGGAGAGCGCUGUGGCAGGAGGACGGGAUGAGUUGAUAUAA